AUGAGCAUUGCUUUGCUUCAUAAUUUAGUCAGAAAGAACCUGAACUUUACCGGCGAAUUGGGAUCUAGUGGUGUAAUUGUGGGCCCUUUGAAAGAGUACAGAACGAUGACGACUUCGAGUUACAAAAAAUUCGAGUUGGAUUUCAUCAAGCCUGAUCUGGAUGAUAGAGCGUAUCGGUUUAUCCAGUUGCCCAAUGACUUGAAGGCGUUAAUUAUUCAGGACCCAACGACGGAUCGGGCGGCGGCCGCGCUAGAUGUGAAUAUUGGUGCCUUCGAGGACCCGGAGGAGUUGCCCGGGUUAGCGCAUUUUUGUGAGCAUCUGCUGUUCAUGGGAUCUAAGAAGUUUCCCGACGAGAACGAAUACUCUAGCUUUCUGAGCAAACACGGCGGAUCUUCUAAUGCGUACACUGGAGCUCUGAACACUAACUACUAUUUCGAAGUGAACUAUGAGCAUCUGAAGGGCGCGUUGGACAGGUUUUCGGGAUUCUUUACCGGUCCCUUGUUCAACCAAAACUCGACUGAAAAGGAGAUCAACGCUGUUGACAGCGAGAACAAGAAAAAUAUCCAGAACGACCUUUGGAGGCUGUACCAGCUUGAUAAGUCUCUAUCAAGCUCGCUACAUCCAUACCACAAAUUUUCUACCGGUAACUUGAAGACGUUGGAUGAAAUCCCGAAAUCGCAAGGUGUCGACGUUCGUGAGAAGCUGUUGGAAUUUUACAACAGAUGCUACUCUGCGAAUUUAAUGAAGCUGUGUAUUUUGGGCAGAGAAGAUCUAGAUACCUUGUCCGAGUGGGCAUAUGAACUGUUCAAAGAAGUGCCUAAUUUGGCGCGCCCGUUGCCGGAAUACAAGACGUCCAUCCUUAACGAAGAGCAUCUGCAGAAGUUGAUCCUGGUAAAACCGGUGAAGGACCUGAGAAAGCUGGAAGUGACCUUCACGGUUCCUGACAUGGACGAACACUGGGAGUCAAAGCCAAACCACAUCUUAAGCCAUUUGAUAGGACACGAAGGUUCCGGCUCCCUGCUUAAAUGCUUGAAAGAACUGGGUUGGGCUAAUGAACUGUCGGCCGGCGGCCAUACAGUGUCUAAAGGUAACGCUUUCUUCUGCAUCGACACAGAUUUAACCGAACAAGGACUGGAAAACUACGAAAGCGUUGCGCAUAUUAUCUUUCAAUAUAUCGAAAUGUUAAAGAACUCGCUGCCACAAGAAAUGAUAUAUCUCGAACUAGAAGAUAUAGCCAGAGCUUCCUUCAAGUUCAAACAGAAGGGAAGCGCUUCGAGUACUGUCUCUUCUCUCUCAAAGGCCUUGGAAAAGACAUAUAUCCCGGUGCAGAAUAUAUUGAGUACCAGCUUGUUUUCGAAGUAUGAACCUGACAUGAUAACUAAGUAUGUGAAGUCUCUCAAAGUCGAGAAUAGCCGCAUUAUGCUAAUUUCCAAGUCUUUAGAAACUGAUCUAAAUGAGAAAUGGUAUGGGACUGAGUAUGCCAUCAAAAACUUUAGCACUGACUUAUUGAAGAAACUGCAACAUCCAGGAUUGAAUUCAAAAUUGCACCUACCUCGUCCUAACGAAUUCAUUGCCACCAACUUUCAAGUUGAAAAACUCGAAAACGUGGAACCAUUAGAAGAACCCCUACUCUUGGAGCACAACCAAAUUGGCAAAUUAUGGUACAAAAAAGAUGAUAGGUUUUGGCAACCGAGGGGCUUCAUUUAUUCGACUUUGAAAUUACCUCACACCUAUGCUAGCGUCGUGAACAGCAUGCUAACCACGGUUUAUGUUCAAAUGAUCACCGACUAUUUGAAAGAUCUGCAAUACGACGCUUCGUGUGCUAACUUACACCUGUCAUUCGUCAAGACAAACAGCGGUUUAGAUAUAACGAUAUCUGGAUUCAAUGAUAAGCUGAAUAUACUUUUAACACGUUUCUUAGAAGGCUUGAAGAACUUCAGACCUGACAGGAAAAGGUUUGACAUUUUCAAGGAAAAGUCCAAACAGCAUUUGAAAAAUCAGUUACUUGAGAUUCCAUAUUCUCAAGUUUCUUCCCUAUACGCUUCAUUGAUAAAUGAAAGAUCGUGGACUAUUAAAGAAAAGCUUGACGUAAUUGAAAAGAUCACAUUUGAACAAUUGGAGAACUUUAUUCCCCAAAUAUACGAAGAACUGUAUUUUGAGUCCCUAGUUCAUGGUAAUAUAAAAUCAGAGGAGGCAUACCAGAUUCAUUCACUGGUUCAGACCCUUUCUCCGAAUGACAUUAGGAACCCACAAACCAACAAUGGCAGGAUUAGAUCUUACAUCCUUCCCUUGGGUAAAGCCUAUAGAUUCGAAGCAGAACUAGCAGACCCAGAGAACGUCAAUUCCUGCAUUCAAUAUGUGAUUCAACUGGGUGUCUACGACGAGGAAAUGUCCGCCACCGGGCGGUUGUUCGCUCAGAUGAUACACGAACCUUGCUUCGACAACCUCAGAACCAAGGAACAACUCGGCUACGUUGUCUUCAGCUCAAGCCUCAGUAACCACGGUACCGUCAACAUUCGUAUUCUGGUGCAAUCGGAACACACGACUCCCUUCCUAGAAUGGAGGAUCGAAAACUUCCUCGAGAAAUUUGGCGAAUCCUUGCGAGAAAUGUCGGAUCAGGACUUUGAGAAGCACAAGGAUGCCUUGUGCAAGAGCUUGCUACAAAAAUACAAGAACAUGAAGGAGGAAAGCAACGUAUACACGUCUGCCAUCUACUUGGGAGACUACAAUUUCCUCCAUCGUCAAAGACAGGCUCGCAUCGUAUCGCAACUAAGCAAAGCGGAGCUCAUAAAGUUCUAUGAAUCGCGUAUCAUUGGACCCGAUGCCUCCAAACUCGUAUUGCACCUGAAGUCUCACAUCAUUGCCGGAAGUGUCGACGAGUCAACCUUGGACAAAGCCCUCUACCCUAAGGGCAAGUUGAUCACAGACAUUGGCAGUUUCAAAUCUCAGAUGUUUAUCGCCCCGGCUCGCCAACAACCCAAGGUCUACACGGUUCACACGCCCAAACUGUAG